ACCACAGCUGCUCCAACAACAACCACAGAAGCAGCAACGACAACCACAGAAGCAGCAACGACAACCACAGCUGCAGCAACCACAACCACAGCUGCCCCAACAACCACCACAGAAGCAGCAACGACAACCACAGCUGCCCCAACAACAACCACAGAAGCAGCAACGACAACCACAGCUGCAGCAACGGCAACCACAGCUGCUCCAACAACAUCCACAGCUGAAGCAACGACAACCACUGUUGCCCCAGCAAACACAGAAGCAGCAACGUCAACCACAGCUGCCCCAACAACAACCACAGAAGCAGCAACUACAACCACAGCUGCAGCAACGACAAACACAGCUGCUCCAACAACAACCACAGAAGCAGCAACGACAACCACAGCUGCUCCAACAACAACCACAGAAGCAGCAACGACAACCACAGCUUCCACAACAACCACAGAAGCAGCAACGACAGCCACAACAACCACAGAAGCAGCAACGACAACCACAUCUACAGCAACGACAACAACAGCUGCCCCAACAACCACCACAGAAGCAGCAACGACAACCACAGCUGCCCCAACAACCACCACAGAAGCAGCAACGACAACCACAGCUGCAGCAACGACGACCACAGCUGCUCCAACAACAUCCACAGCUGAAGCAACGACAACCACUGUUGCCCCAGCAACCACAGAAGCAGCAACGACAACCACAGCAGCUCCAACAACAUCCACAGCUGCCCCAACAACAACCACAGAAGCAACAACGACAACCACAGCUGCUCCAACAACAACAGCUGCCCCAACAACAACCACAGAAGCAGCAACGACAACUACAGCUGCAGCAACGACAAACACAGCUGCUCCAACAACAACCACAGAAGCAGCAACGACAACCACAGCUGCAGCAACCACAACCACAGCUGCCCCAACAACCACCACAGAAGCAGCAACGACAACCACAGCUGCCCCAACAACAACCACAGAAGCAGCAACGACAACCACAGCUGCUCCAACAACAACCACAGAAGCAGCAACGACAACCACAGCUUCCACAACAACCACAGAAGCAGCAACGACAACCACAUUUACAGCAACGACAACAACAGCUGCCCCAACAACAACCACAGAAGCAACAACGACAACCACAGCUGCUCCAACAACAACCACAGCUGCAGCAAUGACAACCACAGCUGCCCCAACAACAACGACAGAAGUAGCAACAACAACCACAGCUGCUCCAACAACAACCACAGAAGCAGCAACGACAACCACAGCUGCUCCAACA